UCCUCCACGCACUUCACCUCCCGGCCUCUGAAGCUCUCACCGCGCCGCCCAGCAGGCCCACACACAAAAGAGGCGAGAUGUCCACCUACGUGUCUUCAGACUGCCGCCGCGUCAGCCCCACCGUCCGCGGCAACAUGUUCCACACGGCGCACCGCAAGAAGGCGGUGGCCAACAUCUUCGACAACGUCAGCCAGGACGCGCUGACCAGACUCUUCCAGAAGACGGGCGACAUGAAGGCGGAGGAGCGGGUGAGGAGCAUCUUCUCCUACUCGCACGACCCGGAAGAGACGGCCCGGGCCCUGAUGGCGCUGAAGCAGAGGAAAAAGGACAAAUUCCUCCAGAUCGCCGGUAUGCUGCGGCAGUUUCUCAAGCUCCGCUGAGGCGUCGGCGUCUUCUCUUUUAUCGGCUCCGAAUUUUUCUGGAGCCCCCCCCCCAAGACGCGCGCUGGCUCUCCGUAGAGGCUCCGCAGGUGCAGCUGCAUGGAGGCCGCCUGUGAGGCCACCUGCUCCCGCCGAUGGCGAUGGGAAAGUCCCGCUGCGAGCGCGGACGAGUUUUGAGAGGAGAUAUGAAGGAGUGAAAAUUCACCCGCUGAGAAGAAGCAGAUCCACUGAGAUGCUGCUAGGAAGCAACAAAUGAGACUUUUUUUUUUGUGCCACCAGAACAUUCAUGGAUGCCUGAAGUGAACUCAACACAUGCCUUCUUCUUCUUCCAAUGAACACAGCAGUGAUGUUCCUCCUUUGUCUGAACUACACCUUCUAGUGUUUACUCUCCAAUGAACACAACAAUGAUGUCUCUAUUUUGUCUGAACUACACAUUCUUGUGUUUACUUGCCAUUCAAUAAACUGCUUUUUGUAUA